AUGGCCCCAUCCAAGAAAGUCGCUCCAGCUCCAUUGGCUUCCAAAGCCGGCAAAGCCGGUAAGGCCAAGAACCCUUUGACCAACUCUACCCCAAAGAGUUUCGGUAUCGGUCAAGAUCUCCAGCCAAAGAGAAACUUGUCCAGAUACGUGAAAUGGCCAGAGUACGUUAGAUUGCAAAGACAGAAGAAGAUCUUGUCCAUCAGAUUGAAGGUCCCUCCUACCAUUGCUCAAUUCCAACACACUUUGGACAGAAACACUGCUUCUGAGACUUUCAAGCUCUUCAACAAGUACAGACCUGAAUCUCAAGCCGAGAAGAAGGAGAGACUCACCAAGGAGGCCGCCGCCGUCGCCGAAGGUAAGUCCAAGCAAGACGCUUCCCCAAAGCCUUACGCCGUCAAGUUCGGUCUAAACCACGUUGUCUCUCUUGUUGAGAACAAGAAGGCCAAGCUUGUGUUGAUCGCCAACGAUGUCGACCCUAUCGAGCUAGUCGUUUUCUUGCCAGCUUUGUGCAAGAAGAUGGGUGUUCCUUACGCUAUUGUCAAGGGUAAGGCCAGACUAGGAACUUUGGUUAACCAAAAGACCUCUGCUGUUGCCGCCUUGACCGAAGUCAGAGACGAAGACGAGUCUGCUCUAGCCAAGCUCGUUUCCACCGUCAACGCCAACUACUUGGAAAAGUACGAUGAAGUCAAGAAGCACUGGGGUGGUGGUCUUAUCGGUGUCAAGGCCCAGGUCAAGAGAGACCAAUUGGCCAAGGCUUCCGAGGCUAAUUAA